AUGCGCACAACAAUGUAUGUCACUCUUUCCACCCUUCUUGCGUGCACGUCUGAAGCAAGCCGAUUUUUCUAUUUUAUCAUUUCAAUGUCACCACAAAGGUACUUGCACCCUAGGCCACUUAUCAAAAGGUUAGAAAGGGAACGAACUGCGAAGGAUCAGAUGCUGCAGCGGUGCGCGACACUGGCGGGCGCGCCACUCUGGGCUCGGGCAUACAGUACGGCGCUGGGCGGAUGUGCUGUGCUCCGUCAGCGUGGGGGCUACCAAGGCCGCGGAAGUGGCCCUAGGCGAGGUGGCGGUGGCGACCAUGGAUACGAGAACCACAAUCAGGGCUAUGCAAAUCACCAGCAGCGCUAUGACGAUCGCCCGCAAAGACACGACAUCUAUCAGCAAGGGUACAGUAAUCGUCGGCAGAACUAUGAUGAUCGUAACCAGGGCUACAACAAUCGCCGGAAAGGGUUCAACAACCGUCAAGAGGGUUUUGGAAAUCGCCAGGACGACGGUGACGAUCGUCAAUUGGCACCACGACGUAGCAAGGAGCAGUAUCUUGCGCAAGACGCGGACAAGCUACUGAAGAUGAAACAUGAGUACAAGAAAGCAAAAGACACAAAGGAACGGUUUGGGAUUCUAAAGGAGGCUCGGCGGCUUCUGCGUCGCAUACGCAUCGAUCCCUCCACCCAAGACGAGCGAUCUGUUGCCAUUGUGAUCAACUGCGCUGCCACUUUCUCUAUCCCAGCAAAGACGGAGGCGGUGGAGCAGGCGUUCCAGUGGAUUCGGAGCAACAUUAGUGGCAUCUCACCUCAGAAUGUUGCUCUUUUUGCGAACGCGUUGGGAGUCAUCUUUCCGCCAGAGGCGAAGCAAGUAAUGGUUGGUGAGGUCAUGCCGAUCGUGCAGUUAGUGAUGCGCGAAAUGGUACCCGUAGAAGUAGUGAUGGUGCUCCAGGCACUUCAGCGCUUGAGAGUCACAGAGAAUGAAAAGCUUCAGGACGGACUCCUCUCUCAUCUUGAGCCGUGUCUCUCUUCGAUGCCGGUUCAGCAGCUGUCCACACUGGCGUCUGUUCUACAUCAUCACUCAAUGCAAACGCGAGACAAUGCGAAGUGGAAGCAGAUUGCACACGAGACGCUGGCGCGCGCUCUUGCAGGGGUGGAGGGGAUGCAUUCACGGGAGGCCAUUGUUCUUCUUUGCGCCGCGCCAUUUGUGGACGCUUCCCAGAAGCAAAUUUCUCAACUUCUCAUCCGUGUGGCAGAAACUGCGCAAUUCCACACGGAUGAGCAGGUCGGAGAACUGAUGAAUGCAAUCCUCCGCGUUAGACAGCAGGUCAGUGAGCCGAGUGUCGAACUGACGGCGGCAGUAGAGGGACUCCACACAGCAUUGAUGACACGUUUGGAGAAGGUGAGCGCUUUUGUGGGGCCCCAGAGUGCGACUCACAUCUGGAACUACGCGCACGCCUCCAAUAUCGAGAUCUCCUCCGCGAUUCAAGAGAGUAUGUGCGCUUCGCUCAUACGGCUCAUGACAUUCCGCACCAUUCCAUUCCAAUCACUGGCGCGGCUGAUGGCAUCUCUAUCCACACAGAAACUGCCCUCCGCUGAAAUUCUUACUGUCACUGCAAACUGCAGUGUUGGAGUACGACCGCCUCGGCCUGCGAGGACGGUUCCUCAAGAAAGUGAGAUGCCGGAGGAUGGAGAGGAUCACGAGACCAUCCGCGCCGCGGCCCGCGAGGUGCUGUACAGUCGUCACUUUGGAACUCUCACUGAACUGCGGAUUAACCUUGAAAACGCGUUUGCCAAGAACGAUGUCUCUCCCAACGACGCUCUUGCCAAGACGCUUCCAGAGCAUCUUCUCAAACACGCUUCAGAAGCUUUGCCGCGACAAAUGUUAACAGCCGUUGCGGCCAUUGCGUUGGCACCGGCCGAUUGCCCGUGUCGAAACAAGACUCACGACGCGGCCGUGUGUGCAACAGUGCUUAAGGCGCUCGAAGACAGCCCUGAAAGGUUUAAGUCCGACUUGAGUCCUGUGUUCGUGGACUGGUUUGUGAGGAGUAUCCCCGCCGAUUCCAACUCAGAAGCAAUAGUGGCGGCAGUGCAAAGGAUCACGGCGUCGUGA